UUGUGUGUUAGCGUCUCACAAAUGGGGCUUCUUGCGCUGACUGUUGUGUCGGUCUUGCAACUCAGUGUAUCAGAUUGCCUAUGGUGCGAACAGGACUUAGUGCCACGCGUCCCCGAUUUUGACAACUACUUGCUCACCGAGUACCUGCUGUGGUCUGUCCAUGUGAUGCUGAGGGUUGAGUGUUCCAGCAGGUGCUACUUUGACCCCCAUUGUCACAGCUUCCAGGUGCUUAAGGCUAAUAGUACCUGCAUAGGUUUCGCUACGGGAUUUGCAGACACUGGACAUAUGUAUUCACCUCUGACGCCUGCCCCUGGAUAUCAACUCUUUCUGUUACCUAGAGCCUCCCACUACAUAGGUAGUGCCUGUACCAGUGAUAGCGACUGUCACGUGGCGACCUCUGUGUGCAAUGAUGGAGUCUGCACCUGUCUGUUGGGCUACAUCUUUUCACCCCGACAACAUGCCUGUAUCACGGACUGCUCAACUUGGGGAAAUGACCUCACCCGCUAUUUUGGGUACUCUGUAACAGGCAACGAUCAAGACAUUAUCCGCAACAUAUACACUGAAUUCUUGUAUUCCAGACUGCUCAACUUGGGGAAAUUACCUUACCCGCUAUUUUGGGUACUCCGUAACAGGCAACGAUCAAGACAUUAUCCGCAACAUAUACACUGAAUUCUUGUAUUCCAGACUGCUCAACUUGGGGAAAUGACCUCACCCGCUAUUUUGGGUACUCCGUAACCAGCAAAGAUCAAGACAUUAUCCGCAACAUAUACACUGAAUUCUUGUAUUCCAGACUGCUCAACUUGGGGAAAUGACCUCACCCGCUAUUUUGGGUACUCCAUAACCAGCAACGAUCAAGACAUUAUCCGCAACAUAUACACUGAAUUCUUGUAUUCCAGACUGCUCAACUUGGGGAAAUGACCUCACCCGCUUUUUUGGGUACUCCGUAACAGGCAACGAUCAAGACAUAAUCCGCGACAUAUACACUGAAGCCGACUGUCGAGUACAGUGCAGAAACAAGGACGCCGAUGCCAACUACAUCUGUGUGAGCGUUGAGUACAGCUUCAGCAAGGAAAGCUGCUACCUGGCGGUACUCACCUUUCUGCAAGUACCGCCAGCGGAUAGGGUCGACACCAAUGAUAGUGUCCAAUACCAACGUAGCUGUGCAGUGUAGACGGCCCAGACGAGAAAACUCAAGUCCUCCUUGAUUUCAGAAUGACGACUAUCAUCUCGCCCAAAUUAUUUGUUACAUAAAACGCUUGGCCUAAUUCUGAUGUUUCUUCUUUUCAUUAUCCCCAUCAUCACCUGCUUGUACUGAUGCCUACUGAACCCGUAGAGAUUCUGGCAUAGAAUAGGUCUUCAGCAACCCAUGCUUGCCGUAAAAGGUGACUUUGCUUGUCGUAAAA